AUGAAAUUCUUCUCCGUCGUCACUGUCUUCGUACUCGGUCUGCUGGCUGUGGCCAACGCUGUUCCGCUGUCACCCGAUCCAGGAAAUGUUAUCAUCAAUGGCGAUUGUGUACACUGCAAUGUUCGCGGUGUCAUAUAGAGAAUUGUAAUUAAAUAAACCCUAGAAUGUAAAAUGUCUUUUUCCAGUUGUAAUAAAAUAGCAAAGAAUUCAUCGAGUUCUCCUUUCUAAGAAAUCUAAUAUAUGGAUGUAUAU